UAUAGACAUUAUAGUUAAUCCAGUUUUUUGUGAUCUCUGUUGAUGUAUAGUUUUCACGAAUCUAGAAAUAGAGUUAUACUGGACAGAAGACAAACAUUUUGCGUACUACUUUACUGCAACAAUAUGGGAGCAUGGGACACUAGCAUCUCGCCUCUCGAUGAGAAAACAUACAUUUUAUCGCAAUUUUUUUUAAGUUUAUGAUGUGCCCAAAAAUCGCUUCGCUUUUGUUUAUAAGUGCUACGUUGGCGUCGAAAAUGUUCGAAAGUGAUUUAAAUGUCAACGAUUUUUUGCGGACGGAUUUGAUGCCGACCUAUUUCAUUAUGAAACAGCCUGAUGCAAAUGGUUCUGUGACCCCGAGUGUUGUGAACUCUGUCAAUGGAUCGAUCGACGCAGCACUGACCACUCUCGAGUACCACAGAAAAAUGAUGAACGAAUACCGCUGCCGCAACUUCCUGGCCGAACAGAUCCUCGAAGAGAUGGGCAAGCCGGUACUGCAGAGCCGGCUCGGCACAGCUUUCGGCCAGAACAGCCUGACCCGUCGCUCGCAGGACCCGAGGACCAACGUCAUGUUCGACGUCGGCUCGGCUAACUAUCAGGACUGGCUUGCUAAAGUAGCAGCUUUAAACGACGUGUACCGACAAUACAACGCUGUAGCAGGCGCUGUACAUCCCAUCUCCAAUUCUUCGUUAGACCAACUGCAGACCAGGGACGGGUACGAGCUCUACGAGGGUGGUGAUGUCACGGGAUACCAGGAACAAGAGCACCCAGUUACCCAUGAUGUUGCGAAAUUUAGCGGUGCCUACGAAUACUCAAUGCCCCCUCCCCCGCCGCCGCUCUACCACCACCCCGCCGCCGUUCACGAAGAGUACGUGAUUGAAGACAAACACCACGGGCUGGGGCUAAGCGAUCUCUUUGACAUAUCGCUCACAGGCAUCGCCUUCUUGAGCUUCGGCAUGUUCGUGUUACAAGUGCUGAUGUGCAUCUGUUCGAAUCCUCAACCACCCCAAGUGAUGCAGAUGGUAGAUAGCAGCGGCGACUCCGUGAACGUCGACGAAGUAUUUCGUUUCAAGCGGGACGAAGAUUCUAGAAGUAAACGCGGUGAUUCUAAAAUCGCUACAGUCAAUACUCUGGCCAGAUAUGCGAUGAUAGCGCUAAAACCGCGCUCGACUCCUUGCCUAUACAGGGCGUUGUGUCUAGGGAAUGGAAGAGCAAGGAAUAUGCAGGAUGGUAACAAAUAUUGGUUGCCGAUUUGGAAUGCUGGAGUAGCAUGGACGCGCGGAAAAACGUUGGGUGCGUUGCGCGCGGCGGCGCUGGGACUGGGCGGCGCUGACUGCGAUGCGCUCUACCCGCCCGCCCACUGCUCCUGAACAUUACAUUACAAUAGCGUUAUGCUGGGCCAACGCUGAUUUUCUGCCACGAUAUAUGGUUUUGUCAUUUUGUUACUUUAAUUUAGUGACUAAAUUCGUUUUUAAUUACUUCUAUUUAGUGUUUAAAUUAGUUUUGAUUUUUUAUUUUAUUUAUUUAGAAACCAGUCAUACAAACGUAUCAAAAAUUCAAUACAAAAGAUGUACCACAACAAAAGGAAAAUACAACAAAAAGACCUGGAAGUUCAUAAAUUAUAAAUUAUGUUAACUGAAAUAAAUACAGUUAUAGCAAAUUUUUGUAUCACAUAGAAAAAUAACUGAUAUGUACUUAUGUACUAAAACAACUUACGUUGAACUAUAUUCUGAAUUCAGAAUUCUAAGCUGCAUUUGUCUUUAAAUAAGAGGGGUGAUCCAAAAGUAAUGAUAGUUCACAAUAAAACGACGUAUGUUUCUUUUAAGCUGUUCCUGGCUAGUAAAUAUUAUAUACAUAGAUCUGUUAGUGAGAUAAAUUCAUUUAUUCGUAAAUUGUAGAAAAAAUUAGGCUGCCAUACGUCAUAAUGGGUUUAAAUCGCCAGAAAACCCCCCCAUAUUCGGCAGAUCUAUCCCCCAGCUUUUAUUCCUUUCCACGGCUGGAGGAACAUCUUAGAAGCACCAAAUUGUUGGAUGGUAGCGACUAGCGAGGUAAAUGGCCGCUGUGAAUGCAUUUUCUAAAGAUCAACAAAAUAUUUUUUUAUUUUCACUAUUUUUUUAAUGAACAGAAGGUCUAGAGAAACGCAUCGUCUUUGUGAGUAUUUGAGUAAGCUUACUAAGAGAUUAGAUUGAAAAAUAAAAUAUGUUUUUAAACAUGUCAUGUGUUUCA